UUUAUAGAUAGUUUGGAAGCGGCAAAAUCACCCGAGGUUGUUGUAAAAUGAGUGAAGUGACUAAGAAGCAAAUCUACAAGAAUUAUGGCUGACACAACAAUACUGGUGACAAGUGAUCACUGGUGCCAUCCUUCAGGUUUUAUAGUACACUGGAGAAUAAACUCUCCUCCUUUGUGCAUUUGCUGUGUAGUUGAACUACUGAGCAGUGAAAAUGUUCUGCUCAUAAAAAAGAAAUUCAUAGUUUCAGAAUUUCUAGGUGCAUUAUCAGCCAGACCAAAAGAAAUCAUCACUUCAUUGUGUACAGAAUUGAGGCUUGGUGAAAGACUUUGUGAAUGUUUGUUGGGGUUCUUACAAGUUUCUGACAACACUUUUGUCCCAAUUGUAACUGAAGCUGUGGUACAGUUGACUUGUCUUAUGCAGUCGGAUCAGUUUGUUUGCUUUGUAUUGGAUCAUAUCACUCAUGAGCAUUUGAGGCUGUGCAAUUACAAGAAAAGCUUAGUGGCUUUUAACAUUGUGGGAAGACUCCUAGAGAAAAUUGCCCCCCUUGCCAGACAGCUUGUCCUACACUGGGGAUCAUUUCUGGACUACAUGGUAUCAGGGCUGAAGUACCCAGAUGAGACGGUACAGUCGAGUCUCUUCUUCAUUCUUAUCAAAUUGUAUAAAGAGGAAGAUCAAGAAAGUGUCAUUCCAGUCAACAUCAGUGAUCAGAUAGCACAGGAUGUGAUGUCUGUUAUUGCCAGGUCUAAUUCUGAUUGCCUGCUCAUCAAUGCAUUAGCUCUUUUAAAACAAAUGCUGAACUCUGAGAGUGUGUGUAAACUGUACAUGAAGAGUUCCUCCUCGCUGGUCAGUGCUCUGCAGAAGAUCUUGAUUAGUAACAAGGAUAUACUGCAGGUGGCAGCAGUGCAGUGUGUCAUUACAUUAACAGCAAGAGACACCACUCAGCAGUUUUCUCAGCUCCUUCUUGAAGCUGAUAUAGCAGAAUAUUUAUUUGAGGCUCUUGCAACUAGCAAUGAACUUCUGAUUAGCUCCAUAUUUUGCUGUAUGUUGCUGUUGUCAGAAGUUGAAGUAUUCUUCAAGAAGAACCAUGUGAUAUAUGGUUUUGAACCCAUUCUCACAGCUUUAGAUUACACUUUUAAGAUGCGGAAUCCUCAAAUUAUUUCUCAUGGAAUGAGACUAUUAGCUGCCAUUUUAGAGAAACACCCUGUCAAUGUGAGGUUGUUGACCAGUGCUGCUCUGGUCACCAAGUGUCUGUCAGUGAUAACAGAAGCAGUCAAGCAUCAUAACCACAGCAUCAUGGAAAGUGGUGCUCUGGCCUUGACAUAUCUAAUGAGGAGAGAGGUUCUUCCUUCCCCAGUACCCUAUGAUGCCCUUAUUGAUCCCCUCCAGCUGUUGAUGAGUAAGUCUGUAGAGUUGGAGAAACUUUUCUGUAAGCGUGGAGUCCAGGGUUCAUCCGUGGUGGGAAAAGAUAUCAGUGGUAAAUCCAAGAUGGCAGAAGUUCAGUCCAAGUUGACCAGAGCUGAGAGUAGGAUAGAGGGACUUGUGCGCUCUCUGGAAGCAGCUUUUAUUCUUGCUGUACAGUGCAAGUCAGAUCCAGCAGCCAACAUGGAGUCUUUCUUGGCUCCCGGUACCUCAGUGGCUAGGUCAAGACUGGACAACUUUGUUCAUUGCCUGCUGCAAGCACUAGAUGAAUGCUGUGUCCCAUUGGUUCUGACUCACUAUCAGCAGAUCUCUAACAACCAGGUGUACAUGUAUACUAGUUUGUUUACAUCAUUGGUGUCAGUUGGUCAGCUGUGUCCACAAGAACUUGUCAUCAGGUUUUACAACAAGCUGACCUCUACUGGGGUGAUCAGGAUAGCCCUGCACAUCAAGGCCAAGACUGAAUCAACGUCUGUUAAACAAGUGAUCAACAAAUUCCUGUUGGAAUUGUGCCAGUUUGGUUCCAGUGACCAAGAUAAAGAUUUCAAAAGAGAGUUGCAGCUAGGAUUAACAUUUCUGCAAGGCAGUCUGGUGGAUAUUUUGAGUGUAUUAAACCAGCAUGCAGAUGGCACUGGUGUAGAGGCAGAUCAUGUUCAUGCUGCUCAGCAACAUGUGUUAUUAUACCUCAUCUACCUCAGCUAUGAACAUGGGGACAGGUAUGCACUGGUUCCACACAGACCCAUACGAAAAAGGAACAACAACAAGGUUUGCAACUGCUGUCAGUGGGUCUGUCCAAAUGUUCAAGUACUUCCUCGUGGCUUCUUGGCCAUCCCAAGGUAUUCCAGUGGUGUUUUCUCAAUCCAAAGAUCUCCAAUAUGCAGGGAAAACAUGUGUUGAAGCAGUGGCUGAGUAUCAUUCCUGCCCAGAUGUCUCUCUCCCCAUUGGACAUGAGUCAAGAACCAGGUUGGGCAGAACUGUUUACACUGGUC